CUUCAGGCACGUAUAUAGUUUAUACUUCAUUGCUCAUCUAGCAUUUAACUGUGUGGUUGCGUGCAACACUCACGACACCGAAGCGAGUGGCCCCAAGUCGCGUGCGCUCACUUGACGAGCCAUGCUAUGUUGCUGAUGGCAUAGUACAAACUCAUUGGGCAGGGGGGUACCGAUAGGACGGGAACAGCGCCCGGCCUGCCAGGGUGGGUUGGCACAGACACGGCCCCGUCGCCUUGACGCCUAUCAAGCCAUGGUGCUCAAGCGGGGCGACAUGGUUUUUGCAAUUGGCGUUGGGAUGAUCUCGGGGUGGUGGAUCUUCGGGAUACCUCUGCGGGAGGAUGCGGCCCGUCGCCAGCAGCUGCAGCAGAUGUCACAGACACAGGCGCCUGUCAACGCGGAGUCCCGCGAGGCGCUAGCAGCAGCACAGGAGCCGCUGCCGGUGGCGCCAACAGCGCCAGGAGCUAAGCUUAAAGGGACGUCAGGGGUACUCCAAGCAGAGCGAUGAGGUCACAGCCGCGCUGCGUCUGUGUGAACACAUGGAUCGGGUUCCAAUUGGCGUAUGAAUGCAGCGACUUGGAGGAGCCACCACUGGGACUGGGAUGCCUGGCUUACAGUGAUGUGGCGUACCUACACAUAUCGUGUUAAGGCUAUGCUAUUGGAGCGACUUGUCGCGCAGCACAGGUCGCGAUUGACCCAUGCGACUUGUGUCGGGCUGGUCGGAGUACAGCCCCAGUACCGGCGGCGUACUGUACGGCGCAAGCCUGACACAGUGUGCAGUUUUGAAGCAGGGUUUGUUGUGACAGUGAACGACUGCGAUUGCUAUCAACGAGGUUAUGACAAUGCUCGUGGUGGCCGCGUUGGGUUGUUCUGUUUGUCGGCGGGCAAAGCGCGUCAGGUCGAUGGCAGGUGGAGUGCGGCUUCCUGAGCGUGUGUCGAUCGGGGCAACGACGCCUUUUCCGCGUCUCCGCACAGCCAAUGUUCAUAGUCAUCUUCUACUGUUGCUCUAUUGUAAUACAACACUCUA